AUGAAAUCCUUCCCCAAGAGAUCCUCACUGACAUACUCUCUCGACUACAUACUCUCUCGACUACCUGUGCAAUCCCUUUGCCGAUUCAAUUCCGAAAUCAAGGUCUUGAGCUCCUGCGAGGGUCUGCUUCUAGUCAACCGUUACGACGAUUCCAACUUCUUGUUGAAUCCAUCCACUAGAGAAUGUAAAGAACUGCCCCCAUUUCCUUUUGCGCUCCCGCGGGUUCGUUUGUACUCGGCUAACGUUUAUGGGGUUGGUUACGAUUCCUUUACGGAUGAUUACAAGGUCGUGAUAUUCUCUUACUUUCGUACUCUAUCUUCAGCUGAGCGUGAUACUAUCAUUGUAGCUGUCUAUUCACUGAAAACUAAUGCUUGGAGGAGAAUUCAAGAUUCCCAUGAUUAUGUCCUUCAGAAAACCUCUUGUGGGGUUUUCGUUAAUGGGCGUCUCCAUUUCGUUUGCCGGAGGAAUGAAUCCUGUGUGAUUGUUGCCUUCGAUUUGUCGGAAGAGAGUUUCAGGGAGUUGCAGCUGCCUGUUUUGUUUGGUGCAAACGAUAGUUUAUAUUAUCGCCUUGCAGUCCUUGGGGGUUGUCUCUGUUUGGUUGAUGAACGGAGCCGUAAAACCGAGUUUUGGAUGAUGAAGGAUUACGGAGUGAGAGAGUCUUGGUUGAAAUUUACAAUUGGUAUGCCCGAGAUGUCUACAGUGGACUUGUUGUGUAUGUUAGCGGAAGACGAAUUUUUGUUGAAAAACUGGUUUUGUACGGAAAAAUUGGUUGUGUACAGCUUGAAAAAAGAAACACUGAGGGACAUGGUUGUUCGUGGGUUUCCCACUAAAUUUAGGUUCGGAAGCACCUACGUCGAAAGCCUCGUCUCUCCUAAUCAUGGAGGAGGGAUUGAGAGGCAGUAA